AUGGGUCAAACCACCAGUGCAGAUGUAUUCACUUCGCGUUCUGCAGGUGUUUUAAACAUCAUUCCAGAAAAUGUCUGGGAACGACAAAUACACAUGCGUCAAACCAAUCACAAAGUAAAUACCAAUCCAGAGGAGUAUUCCCUUGUUCUCAAAGAUGGAAAGCUUAAAGAUCCCAACAACAGCAACAACAAGACUAACUCAACCAAACGACCAAUGAAACGAAAAAAGAGAAAGCCUCGUCCAGCGAUGGUGGAAGCAAGAGGAGAAGGAGGAGAAGGAGGCUUACCAUCUCAUCGAGAGAGAUCAGCAGCAUCAGUUGCAACCACUUCAUCCCGAUCCUCACCACCAUCCUCAUCCUCCUCCUCAUCGUCUUUGUCGGCUAUCAACCGUCGUUCAGUAACGGGAAGGAAUCCUCAAGAGCUUCCUAAUAGUGUGAGGGAUCAGCAGCAGUCUAAAGUGAAAGUGCCUCUUCCAAGACGAGCUAAAACCGUUUCAUCUUCCUCCUCUUUGUCCAGAGAUUUAAGAAACAACAACAAUGCUUUUCCCAAUCCUGAAAACGAAGAAGAAUCGUUUGAACAACUCAUUGAGACGACCUAUCUUGAACAACAACAACGUAAAAGGAGACCUCCUCUCCCACAUCCAGUUCUGUAUUCACCCUCUUCAGGGACUCCACCAGUUUCUGAGAAACAUCUCCAACAACACAAUGAACCUCAACACAUUCAAGAAGCCAAUCAUGAAAAUGACAACAAUAAUAAUAAUAAUGAAGAUGAGGAUUCCGUUCCUGUAAGAACUCCACGCCGGAAACGAGUGCCCAUUCCAAAGAGACCUUCCAUCUCGUCCGCCUCCACUGCUCCGACCACCGUUCCAAAUCCUCCUCCUCCUCCUUCUUCUUCUUCGUCAUCCCGAUCAUUCUCGACCACUCUAAGCAUGAAUAACCACCUCAAUGCUCACAACAAUAUUCAUGAGCAAGAAGCAACUCAACCCAAGAACAACAAUUUGGAAAAGUUGGAGAAAUGUUUGAUGCAAUUUCCUCGCUACGACGACAAUGUAGAAGAGUAUCAAGAGGAAGCAACAGCAAAUAAUAAUAUGAACCGACCUUCUUCUGGAGUUCGUUCUUUUGCUCCUUCUGCCAUGACGAAAGAUUCUGCUCAAGUAAGAAGGAUGUUCGGUGUGGAUGGGCCUCGCACUCAAGAGGAAGAUCACGACAUCGAGGAUGAAGAUAUUGAUGACGAGAACAUUGAUGAGGAAAAUGAUGACGAGGAAGUGGAUGAUGAGAAUGUCAACAUCACUGUCUCACCAAGAAGUGGUGAAUUGACAGGAACACCAAGAAAUCGUCCUCAAGAUGCAACAUCUUCGCAAACUGCCGAGCAACCCACGAGUAAGGUAGUCAUUAUUGAUUUUGGUCAUCAGACCACUAAGGUUGGAUUUUCACAUGAGGAUCGUCCUCGAGUGGUAAUUCCAUCAUGCUAUAAUAUUGAAGAAGACCCAAGAAAUAACAAUCAGAAGACUAUCAAAUUUGGUGGUACUGUCUCUCUGCAACAUAGUGUUUGGUUUUUCAAACAUGGAAAAUUCACCUUUUCAAGACAUGAUGAACAAGGAAGAGAAAUCUUUGUCGCCUUUGUUCGAUACAUUGCAAAAGUUUUAUUGGGAUUGAAAGAUGCCUUCAAAGGCAAAACAGUCAUGAUUGCUCUGCCAUAUAUCUUUGGUGAAGACAAGGAUCAAAUGGUGAUGUUAUGUGAAACCUUCUUCCAUCCUUCGAUUCAAGCAAAAAGUUUGUUCCUAUGUGGAACACCAUUAUUUUCAUUCAUCAGUGCUGCCGCGAAUCACAUUACAGAAAAUAGAAGCACUGCUUUGAGUGUGACCGUUGGACACGGAAUUUCUCAAGUCAUUCCUAUUGUGGAUGGAUGUCCUUUCUCCACUUGUGGCGUAUCUUCUGUCGUGGGAGGCGCACUGCAAGGAGAGUAUCUUGUCACUUUGAUUAAGCGAGAGGUGGAAAGAGAAGGCGUCACUUUGGAUGACUCUCUCAUUUCCUAUGAAAGUGUUGAAAAGGAAAAGAUUACGAAUUGUUCACUCGUCAAAUCAUUCAGACUCAAUAAGAAGCGUCCCAAUGAAUGUAAGGCCAAGUUCUUCAAGAAGACCAUGAAUCCUGUCAAAGGUGUAAUUGAACAAGUCCUGGACCAUCGGUGUUUAUGCCCAGAAUUUCUUUUCACACCACGUUUGUACGAAAAAGGAAGACCUAUUGUGAAAAGGCACAGUGACCCCUUAUCGCCAAAUGCAGACUCUGCUCAGUUGUCCUCCACAGAAGAGCCACCAAUGUCUGCGCAAUCUGGAUCCUCAACAACUUCAACCUCUAAGGAUGAUGACAUUGACCAAUAUUUGGGAGUUGUUGCAUUGAUUGAGAGCUGCUUGAAGAAAUGCCCAAAAGAAUUUCAUGAACUCUUAUUGUCGAAUGUAGUUGUUUCUGGAGGUCCUUCUCAAAUCAGAAAUUUUGUAGAGGUAAGUGUGUGGAUUGAAUUCUGA